AUUGCGUCCCCGAACCUGACCGGUCGCGCAUCGUUGCAAAUGGACUCCGAUUCCACCUGUCCCCUCGUCGGCCUCCUUCCGCCCCGACCCUUAAAUCCCAGGAGCAGCCCUCCCUCCCACGGCGCCCAAACCCGCCAAUCUCCUCCGUGACUCGCCUUGUCUCCUCCGCGAUUCAUCCAUGGCAGCGACGCAUCGGGUCUCCGCCGUGAUCUUCGACCUCGACGGCACCCUCUUGGACACAGAGAGGGCAACAAGGGACGUCCUGAAAGAGUUCUUGGGGACCUACGGGAAAGUCCCAGAUGCGGCCAAGGAGGAGAAGCGAUUGGGGCAGAUGCACAGGGAGUCCACAACCGGGAUCAUCGCAGACUAUGGGUUGCCGAUCACCGUCGAGGAGUAUUCAGAGGCAAUAUACCCGCUGUAUAUCAAAAGGUGGCAAAGGGCAAGCCCACUUCCAGGGGUUAGCAGACUUCUCAAGCACCUCCACAAGAAUGGAACACCGCUGGCGCUCGCUUCAAAUUCCAUAAGGAGAAAUAUUGAUCACAAAAUUUUGAAACUAGGAGAACUGAAAGACUGCUUUUCGGUGGUUCUUGGUGGUGAUCAGGUCCCUCAUGGAAAACCUUGCCCUGACAUAUUUCUAGAGGCUGCAAAGAGACUUGGUGUAAAUCCGUCGUCAUGUUUGGUGAUAGAAGAUUCUCUUGUUGGAGUUCAGGCUGCCAAGGCUUCUGGGGCGAAGGUAGUUGCUGUUCCAUCACUGCAAAGUCAAAGGCAUUGUUACUCAAUUGCUGAUCUCAUCCUCUAUUCACUGCUAGACUUUCAUCCUGAGUUGUGGGGUCUUCCCCCAUUUGACGAUCGCAUUCAAGGUGCUUUGUCGAUGGAACCAUUACUCUCGAAUGCUCAGAUAGGUGAUGCGGUUCUAAACAAUACUCAUACAGUUAUAGCAGGUGAGCGUACCUACGACUCUAUUCCUGAUCAAAUAUCAGGAAUUUUCUUUGGUUGGGCCAAGUCGGAAACUUAUGGAGUCUUUAAAGCGGUGGUCAGCAUUGGGUGGGACCUUUCACCGGGAAAAUUCGAAAGAGUAAUGCACAUACGUGUUCUUGAUUCUCACUACAAGACCAAAACGGAGGAUCCCUUGGAGCUUUUAUUAAUUGGUUACAUCCGGAAGCUCCAAAGCUCGGAAAAUAUAUCUCUGUCAUAUGACCAUUGUCAAAACCUUGAAUGCAAGUCCAAGCAUGAUUAUAACUUUUGUUGCAGGAAAAUAUAUCCCAGGCAAUGAGCAUAACUGACGAAGACCAGGCCACUGCAAGAGAUGCACUAGACUUCCCAGCUUUCUCUGAAUAUGCAAAGGCAAGGGGUGCAUUGGACCUCCCAGCCUUACCUGAAUACGCAGAGCCACGAAACGGCCUUCUUCUUGCGUGAUACAUGGCGUGUCACUACAAGCUAUCUGAUAUUAUUGACAAGAUUGCGGGUAUCGCUUAUUUUCCUUGAAGACAUGUAGGGAUUGCUGGGAGAGUUGUAAGAGCUGUUGGGAAUGCAGCUUGCGUGGAAUCUCUCGAUAUUGUCAAUUUCUUGGUAUCUUAUACACUGUAAUAUUUUAUUUAUCAUUGUGUGUGCCUUGUCGCGUUGAUAAAAUGUGUACAGACAAUGAAGUGGGGGUAGAAAAUGAUUAUUUACGGGCUGAUGGUUUUGAGCA